AUGGACCAGGACCACCCCUCAGCCGUCAGGCCAAUCGAGAGGAGAAGUGCUGCUCCGGUCAGCGGGUGCUGUCGAAAGAGGAGAAUUCUCGGGCACUGGGGUCGGCACUCGACGCGACGUGUCGGAUGGAAACGACUACGAGAAGAAGAAGAAGCAAACGAGGAGGCGGCGGCGGCGGCGGCGGCGGCACGCGAAGGAGAUCGCAGCGGAAGCGGCGACACGAAGAGGAGGCGGCGAAAGAAGAGGAAGAGACGUGAGUCGUUUUGGCGAUUCUACGGGCAGUGUCGACGCGUGUGUGCCGCGGUGCCGCGUGACAGUGCACGUGGAGACGACAGUGCGGGUGAGACAGUGCGCGGUGCAGUGCGGCGACAAGCGGCAGAAAGCGGGAGGAAGAAGAAGAAGAAGAAGAAGGAGAAGGAGGAGGAGGAAGAGAAAGAGGAGGAGGAGGAGGUGGAGAAGGAGGAGAAGAGGAAGACGGCGAAACGUAGUUGGGUGGAGUAAACGGAGCACGGAACGAGAGGCGAGGAGGGAGAGGAGGAACAAGUGGCACGGAGGUGAGGUAAAAAGAGAUAGGAAAGAAGACGAAUUUUCUCCGCGAGCGAGCGCGCCCGCGCACGCUCGCCGACACCAAGUAUGCUGCGGAGUGACGAAGCGGCGUCGCGGAUUUCACGGAUCGAUCGGCCGAUCGAAUUUUCGAAAUAGGAUACGCGCCGCCCCGCGUGUGCGUGUACCAUAUGUGUACGGGCGCGCGUGUGUGCCUCGUAAUUGCUACACGGAAGAGGAAUCGUCGUCGACGUCGUCCCCGCCCGGCCAGGCCGGGCCGGUGAAUCGAAUCGCCGCGCCGGUGGAUCGACCGCCCGCGCCGUCUGCCGCGGGAAAACUUCAGAUCCGGUUUGCUUUCCACGGCUGACGUCA